AUGGGUUCUCUUCCUCAUGUAGUAGAAGAUUGCUUAGGCAUCGUUCAAGUUUACAGUGACGGAUCCAUUUUCCGAUUAAGCGAUGACCAAAUCAACUUCCGUAACAUUACCGUCAAAGACGAUGGAUCAGUCGUAUGGAAAGACAUCAUUUAUAACAACGAUCGAAACAAAGAUGGAAAAGAGAAUCUAUAUCUCCGUCUUUACAAGCCAAUUACAACAAAAUGCAUCACAAACAAACAACAGCUACCAAUCAUUUACUUCUUUCACGGUGGAGGUUUCUGUGUAGGUUCACGUACGUGGCCUAAUUGCCAUAACUGUUGCCUACGUCUCUCAUCUGAGCUCGAAGCACUUGUUAUCGCUCCUGACUAUAGGCUGGCACCUGAGUAUCGCCUUCCUGCAGCCAUGGAUGACGCGUUUGCAUCCAUUAAGUGGCUGCAGCAUCAGGCGUUGUCAAAUAGGAUUACUUAUGAUGCCGAUGAUGAUUCAUGGAUAAAUCAUGAUUAUGAUAGGGUUUAUGUGAUUGGAGACUCGUCUGGUGGGAACAUCGCGCAUCAUUUGGCGUUGAGGUUUGGUGUUGGUUCGCCUGAGCUUGCACCGGUUAGAGUACGUGGUUAUGUUCUAAUGGCACCAUUUUUUGGAGGAAGUCUAAGGACUAAGUCUGAAGAAGAGGGACCUGAUGAACCUUUUUUGAAUAUGCAAAUUCUUGACAGAUUUUGGAGGUUAUCACUUCCAAUUGGAGCAACUGCAGAUCACCCAUUGGCUAACCCAUUUGGUCCAUUAAGCCCAAAACUCGAGCCCAAGAAGCUUGAUCCACUAUUGGUAAUUGUGGGAGGAAAUGAACUUCUCAAAGAUAGAGUUGAAGAUUAUGCAAACAAGAUGAAAGAGCUAAACAAGGAUGUUCACUAUUUUGAGUUUGAAGAAAUGCAACAUGGGUUUUUCACAAAUGACCCUUUCUCACAAGUUGCAAAUAUGGUUUUGCAAGAGAUCAAGUACUUCAUGUGUAAGACCUCUUCUUAGGACUAUAAGAACAUAUAUAUGUGAGCUAGCUAGUAAUGUUUACUGUUGCUCCCAAAUACACAUAUAA